AAUCGCACAAACGAUAUAUCAAAAUAUGAUCGUGAUGAUAACGGCACUACUUGCCUUCUUAUUGCCAUAAUUUCUCUUCAUCUUCCUCCUUGAAUCAGCAAUCAGUGUUUAUGUUCGUUUAGAUUCACCACAAGCGCUCGAGGCAAGCUUUGAUUGCAGGUGAAAAGGCAUAUUACAUUUUCUGGAAGGAGAAUGGCAAUGGGGAAGUACACCAGGGUUGAUGUUAGGAAACCAUCUUCAAAUUAUUGUUCGACAGUAACAAUAGUGAUUUUUGUAGCCCUGUGCUUAGUUGGAGUGUGGAUGUCAACUUCGUCGACUGUUGUCCCUAUACAAAAAUUGCACGUGCCUUCUCAGGAAACCGAGAGUGACUCAAAGACACAAGUAAGUAGCAAAAACGGGUACAACAGUGGCAGCAACGAGAACAAGGCCAGUCAUGAGAAUAUUAAGAGUGAGGUGGGGAAAUCAAAACAGUUUGAGGAUAUUCACACUGAUCUAGCUAAAGAGGCAUUUAAAGGGGAUGUUGUAACUCAGAAGGAAAACAAUCCUAGUAUCCAAGAGACACAAAAACACACAGAACAAACCCAAGAAGGGAAGAUAGAAGAGAAAUCUGUAGUAGAUAAAAACAAUGAGUGGGCUGAGAAAAACGAGGAAGAGAGCAAUGAAAAUGGAGAAUUGAUGGCAAGGGAUAAAGAAUUUGAAGCAGGAGAGAAGAAUGAAAGUAAGUCUAGUGGAGAAGGCUUAGAUGUCAAUAACUCAAAUGUUCGGGAAAAAGAAGAAACCUCUGCUGAAGAAAAAGAUGGUGAUUACAAAAAUGGUAAAAUAGGGGAAAGAGGGGAGGAUAAGAUGGAUCUGGAAGGAGAGAUGAGUGAAAAUGAGCCUGGUCAAGGAGAGAAUAAAGAAGUCUCAAAUGUGAAUAAACCUUAUCCUGGUGAUGCUGAAAUAGAACCUGAAGAAACUACUGGUGAAGCCAAAGGUGGCAAUAAAAUAGAUAAGGCCAGGGACAAAAAGGAUCUAGAAGGUUCUAGUGAGAAAAGGGUGUCUUAUGAAAAUUUCCCCUUUGUGGCUCAGUCUGAGCUUUUGAAUGAAACUACCACACAAAAUGGGGCAUUUUCAACUCAAGCAACAGAAUCAACAAAUGAGAAGGAAGUACAAAAGUCUUCUGAAUCAGAUAAAGAAAGUGGGCACAGUUGGAAAUUAUGUAAUGUCACUGCUGGCCCAGAUUACAUCCCCUGCCUCGAUAAUCUGGAAGCCAUUAAGAACCUUAAAAGUACAAAGCAUUAUGAACACAGGGAGAGGCAUUGUCCAGAUGAUCCUCCCACCUGCCUUGUUCCGCUUCCUCAAGGAUAUCAAACCCCAAUUAAGUGGCCUACAAGUAGGGACAAGAUAUGGUAUCAUAAUGUUCCUCACACCAAGCUUACAAGGUUUAAAGCACGUCAAAAUUGGGUUAAAGUUAGUGGUGAAUAUCUUACCUUCCCUGGUGGUGGAACCCAGUUUAAGCGUGGUGCACUUCAUUAUAUUGAUUUUAUACAACAGACUCUGCCUGAAAUUGCUUGGGGAACACGUACACGUGUUGUAUUAGAUGUUGGGUGUGGGGUUGCCAGCUUUGGAGGCUAUCUUUUUGAGAGAGAUGUGCUGACUAUGUCAUUAGCACCCAAUGAUGAACAUGAAGCUCAGGUUCAGUUUGCACUUGAAAGGGGUAUUCCUGCUAUAUCUGCUGUCAUGGGUACAAAGAGGCUUCCCUUCCCUGGUAGGGUCUUUGAUAUAGUCCAUUGUGCUCGGUGCAGGGUUCCCUGGCAUAUUGAAGGCGGGACACUUCUAUUGGAGCUGAACCGUCUGCUCCGCCCUGGUGGUUACUUUGUGUGGUCUGCCACUCCUGUCUACCAGAAGCGUCGGCAGGAUGUUGAGAUCUGGGAAGCCAUGAAGAAAUUAACCAAGUCAAUGUGCUGGGAAUUACUUACAACUAGAAAGGAUAGAAGAAAUCGAGCAGGAUUUGCCAUAUUUCAGAAGCCUACUUCAAAUGAGUGCUAUGAGCAAAGAUCACGAUAUGAUCCUCCACUCUGCCAAGAAUCUGAUGAUCCUGAUGCAGCCUGGAAUGUGCCUUUACAAGCUUGCAUGCACAAAGUUCCCAAUGCUUCAUUAGAACGAGGGUCUCGGUGGCCCGAAAUGUGGCCAGAUAGGUUGAAAAAACCACCGUAUUGGUUACUGAGUUCCCAGACAGGUGUGUAUGGGAAACCUGCACCAGCCGAUUUUAUUGUAGAUUACCAGCAUUGGAAAAGAGUUGUGACCAAGUCAUAUUUGGAUGGAAUUGGAAUAAACUGGUCAGCUGUGCGGAAUGCCAUGGACAUGCGUGCCAUCUAUGGGGGAUUUGCAGCUGCUCUGAGAGAGUUGAAUGUAUGGGUUAUGAACAUUGUUUCUAUAGAUGCUCCUGAUACACUGCCUAUAAUAUACGAGAGAGGUCUUUUUGGAAUUUAUCAUGACUGGUGCGAAUCAUUCAGCACUUAUCCCAGAUCUUAUGAUCUUCUCCAUGCCGAUCAUCUCUUCUCCAAUAUUAAAACAAAGUGUAGCUUACCAGCAUUGGUCGCUGAAGUGGAUCGGAUUUUGAGGCCAGACGGGAAACUCAUAGUUCGUGAUAACGUGAAGACUAUAAGUGAACUUGAAAACAUGUUCGAGUCUAUGCAUUAUGAAAUUCGUACGACAUACUCUAAGGACAAUGAAGGAUUGCUUUGCGUGGUGAAGACAAUGUGGCGGCCCAAGGAGGCGGAGACGCUAACUUAUGCCAUUGCCUAAAGCAAUACUUACUACCUGUGCCUAAAGCAAUAUUGUAUUUGCGUUUGGUAAUGAAAUCUGGUCACCAUUUAUUAUUAAGCGCUUUCCCCUGUAGGAUGGUUACGGAGGCUGUGUUUUGUGUAUGUAAACAUUAUAGGGAGUACAAGUUGUUAAUUAUAGACACCCUGCCGUCGACAAAUUUUGGGGUGUAAAGGCCACUGGCUCAAAAUGAUGGUUGAUGUUUCAAAAUUUCAUUGAAAUUUUUGGUUUGGCA